AUGAAAGAUCAAGCCAUAAAAGCUUUUGAAGGAGCUGGAAAAGCAAGGAAACUACACUUGACAGAUUCGUUGCACUUUCCAUCCCUGUACAACUACCACUGGUUCCUAUUCACUUUUGACAUAAGGGACAAAAAGUUCAUCUUUAUGGACUCCCUUUUUGACAAGAAUUCAGAUUUACACCAAGAAGUUGAUAAUCGAAUGAUUAUGAACUUUGGAAGAACUUGGAGUGAAUGCCGCUUGAAAGACAUUAACUUCCAAGAAUUUGAAGUCAUCUACCCACCUGUACCAAAGCAAAGAAAUGGGAAAGACUGCGGAAUACACUUGAUGAAAAGUAUCGAACUAUUUAAGCCAAGAACUAGUUCGAUGGGAAAAUUUUCACACAAAGAUAUUCCAGAUUUUAGAAUUCAGAUGGCUAAUGAGAUGAUGUUCUGCGAACACAACGAGAUGCAUGAAAUCCAGGAAGCUGUGAUGACAUUUAAACCUCAUGUUCAUGGCACAUAUGCAAGGAUGGGGUGA